AUGGUACAGAGAAGCUUGCUCUCCCUCACUCUCUCUCUCUCUGUAUGGCAGCAUCACUGCCGGGCGUGCGGGCAGAUCUUCUGUGGGAAGUGCUCCUCUAAGUGCUCCACCAUCCCCAAGUUCGGCAUAGAGAAGGAGGUGCGCGUGUGUGAGCCCUGCUUCGAGUUCCUCAACAAGAAAGCAGAGGGUAAAGCAGCCUCCACUGGCUCAUCAGAGCUCCCCCCGGAGUACCUGACCAGCCCCCUGUCCCAGCAGUCUCAGACUCCACCCAAGAGAGACGAGGCGGCCCUGCAGGAGGAGGAGGAGCUACAGCUGGCCAUCGCCCUAUCACAGAGCGAGGCGGAGGAAAAGGCGAGGAUGAGACAGAAGACCUCCUAUACGCUGUACCCAAAAGCCGAGCCCACCCCUGUGACCUCAUCGGCGCCCCCUGUCAGCUCCCUGUACUCCUCCCCUGUGAACUCCUCCGCACCCCUGGCUGAAGACGUGGACCCAGAGUUGGCACGCUACCUGAACAGGACUUACUGGGAGAAGAAACAGGAAGAGGUCCGCAGGAGCCCCACCCCUUCCGCCCCUGCCCCAGUCCCAUUGGCCGAGCCCCUGCCAGUCAGCCAGAUCAGAGAGAUCAGAGAGAUCAGCCAGAUCAGCCAACCAGUGGAAAGCCAGGCUCCGGCCCCUCCUGUCAGCGUGGUGGAGCAGCAGUACCAGAACGGGGAGUCGGAGGAGAACCACGAGCAGUUCCUGAAGGCGCUGCAGAACGCGGUCACCACCUUCCUCAACCGCGUGAAGAGCAACCACAUGCGCGGUCGCAGCAUCACCAACGACAGCGCCGUGCUCUCGCUCUUCCAGUCCAUCAACAACAUGCACCCCCAGCUGCUGGAGGUGCUCAACCAGCUGGACGAGAAACGCUUGUACUACGAGGGGCUGCAGGACAAGCUGGCGCAGGUUCGAGACGCGCGGGCGGCGCUCAACGCCCUGCGGGACGAGCACCGCGAGAAGCUGCGGCGGGCGGCGGAGGAGGCGGAGCGGCAGAGACAGAUCCAGCUGGCCCAGAAACUGGAGAUCAUGAGGCAGAAGAAGCAGGAGUACCUGGAGGUGCAGAGGCAGCUGGCAAUCCAGCGGCUGCAGGAGCAGGAGAAGGAGAGGCAGCUGAGACUGGAGCAGCAGAAGCACACCAUUCAGAUGAGAGCGCAGAUGCCAGCCUUCUCCCUGCCCUACGCACAGAUGCAGUCCCUGCCACCCAACGUUGCUGGGGGGGUGGUGUACCAGCCCGCGGGACCCCCCAGUUACCCCGGGACCUUCAGCCCCUCUGGCUCUGUGGAGGGUUCCCCCAUGCACACGGUCUACAUGAACCAGCCUGGCCAGGCAGGCACCGGCGCUUACCAGGGAGCACCUGUCUCUGCCACUGACCCCAGCAUGGUGAAUGCCUACAUGUACCAGGCUGCUGGCUCCACCGGGCAGCCAGCUGCCCCAGGCCAGGCCGUACCCACCACAAGCCCCCCCUACUCCAGCUACCAGCCCGCGCCCACACAGGGUUACCAGAAUGCAGUGUCCCAGGCUCAGAACAUGCCUCCCAUGUCACAGGCUGCUCCCACAAACGGCAUGACCUACAUGGGCUACCAGCCCUACAGCAUGCAGAACAUGAUGACAGCGCUGCCCGGUCAGGACCCAAACAUGGCCCCCCAGCAAGCCUACAUGCCUGGAGGACAGCAACCCAUCUACCAGCAGAUGGCGCCCCCUGGUCCCCAGCAGCAGGGACAGCAGCAGCCCCAGGCACCGCCGGCCAGCAACGAGGCUCAGCUCAUCUCAUUUGACUGAGCCCCAACACACUACACCCCCAAUAACAGCACCCCCUCCAAGGCUUAAGUGACCCCCCACCCCUGCCCCACCCCCCAAAAUCAACUCGCACUGAGCGACACGGACUGAAUGACAGAAAAACCUUUUCUCUCUCUUACAAGACGAUUCAUUGAGUAGCCUUGCAUUGUCCUGCCAGGUUACUGCAAGACAGGAAAAAUCCAAGUCUGCUCCACGAAUCCGCUGGCGAAAGAUGGUUCGCUCAUUGGCUGAUUCCUAUCACAUGGGUCUUCAGGGCUCACAAGAGUCCAAUAUAUGUGAUAUUAGUUGAAUUAAAGAAUAAAAAAUUACAGUGAUGUUCCUCCCCUCAGCCUGAUAUCUGAAGUGUGAAACCAUGUUUCCAUGUAGCAGUUGCUUAAGCUAGCUGUCCUUCACACUGUGUGAAGGUGUUCUGUCCCAGAAAUCCUAGCUCAGUCUUUCAAACUGACAUCGCACAAGGGCAUAAGAAUGAUCUAAGACUCUUUAGACUCAACUGGUUCUCUUUUAUCGCCGGUCCGUAAGCAUUUGAUGUUUCCUCAUGAACGGAACUAGAAGUUUAAAUGAAUCGUCUCGUCAUGAAAAUCAAUUAAUAAAUGUAAGCAAAUGCGUUAAAUGAUGAGACUAAACUAUUCUGUGAUAUUUUUGAUCUUUUUCUUUCCUUAAGGCCAUUCGCACGUACGUCAGAAGCAGUAGUAGGUGUGGCUGCUCCUUUUGAAAGGCUUGCGUGUGAUUGGGUGAAAUGGGGGAGGAAUUGAAAACGGGACAGGCACAUGGGCAGAAACAGCUCUGGGGAGGUGUCCGAGUCGGCGACUGACCAAUCCGCUCCUUCCUAACCGUAGACCAUUCCUGACGGAAUGUCAGCGACGUCAACAUUCCAUUGCAGUUCUGCAGUUGAGCUCCACUCCCAGACCAUUACUCAUGAAGUGAUUGGAGCGAUGGUCUGUGUUAGUUUUUGUUAGCCUUGAAGACAAUGACUUUCAGAACUCACAGAAACUUUGAAAUGGCAGAUCCCUGUGCCCUCACACGCGUUUCAAAAACACCAUAAUUUUAAUGCUUCUUUUUGUAUGCGGUUCUUGAGUUCAUGAAUUGGGGCCAAUUAGUUGCCUUCAAAUUUUUUGCGGUAUACAAUUUUUAAUUUUUUAAUUUUGGAAGGGAGCGGAUGGCCCUUGCUGAUGGCAUGACCAGGGUUAACAGGAAGCUGUUUGAUUUCUGAGCGUUUUUUUUUGGUUCUUAGCUGGAUCUACCCCAUGUGUCUGUUUUACCGUUUGUGUGGCACAGUCCCAAGGUAGCGGAGUUUGGCAGACUUUGGCCUCUCCAGUAAUGGCGCUUUUACUGUCGGGAAGUCUAAUGCGAUGAAUGUGACUGCGAAUCUGUGCUUUAGUGUCUGUGAAGUAGCAGAGGAUGCACAGUUUCCAUGGCUCAGUAAGAGGCAGAGAAUACAUUUCCUCUUAGUCGAGUGAGGGUAUGGUGUGCCCAGCGUCCACACUGCUGAUGGGUCUCCCCAGUAUGUUAUUUAGGCAAGCUUGUUCAGUGGGGUUAGAUCAGAGCUGGCUAAUGGGAGGGGCCUGUAUUCAGCAUGUCUGUAAUAUGUACACAAGACCAGUAACUUCUGUAACCCACCCCAUUUGUGAUCAUUUUUCCAUCAUACUGCUCUGUCUACAUUUAAAAAAUACCAUAUUUAACGAA